AUGUAUAUAGUCAGAGAGUGUACGUUGCUUAAUUCAGGGAUAAAUGUACAAAGUCUCACACAAAUGGCUUGUGACGCAAGAAUGAUGGAUGCGGAUGCGAGAGCUGCCACGGUACAGACCAUUGCCGGACAUAUGGAAGAUGCCUUGGAGAUACAGAGAGAGGUAACUGAUGUGUCAGGGAUGUGUGUCGGGAAGCGAUGGAGUUCGUACGUUACCUGCUUGUAUGUUUUCAUCAAAACAUUGUAUUUGAUCAACGUUGUUGGGCAGAUAUUUCUGUUAAACACUUUUCUCGGUACCGACAAUCUAUUUUAUGGCUUUCAUAUACUCAAAGAUUUGCUCAAUGGGCGUGAAUGGGAAGUAAGUGGUAACUUCCCGCGUGUCACUAUGUGUGAUUUUGAAGUAUGUUUCAUCCCUGAUCAAAAUCUUUAUUAUUUUACCCCAUUUUCUAAAUACUGCGCGUUACAUAAACACAAGUGUCACUGAAG